GUCAGUGCUUAAAUCUCCAAGGAUGGCGUUGGUGCGACUGGUGUCGAGCGUGCGCCGCAUGCUGCAGCCGCCGCAAUGGAGCUUCUUUCCCCAAGUGCAGCUCGAAGUGCUUCCCGGUGUGCAUCUCCCUGAAGAAUCCGUUGAAGAUGCUGACGAUGAUGCGUUGUGGCAUGCGUGCCCCAAGUCCAAGGUCACACGGUCGCGCAAGCGCAUCCGCAACAACGACCCGUCCAAGCGACUCAAGAAUAUAGUGCAUUUGCAGGACUGCGAACACUGCGGCGACAAGAAGCUUCGACACAGAUUAUGCAUGGGAUGCUUCAAGAAGGGAGUGUACUUUACUUCGUAAUCCACUCAAUGACGACUUGGCUACGGCACGCGAUCGAAUCAUGCGGCUGAACCGCAUGAAUUUGUGUAGUCAAUCGAUCCAUGCGUAGAACUCAAACACGAGAUGGAGGAUCGGCAGCGGC